UCAAUAAGGAAGUAAGCCGGAGACCAGCUAAAUAGCUCAAUAAGUUAUACUAUUAACAAUAACGAGCAAAUUACCUCUAGUUAGUGAAACAAUUGUUCUAUAUGCAACCAUGAUAUGGUUGUGAGACUAAUAUCAGCUUUUUAUAAUUCAAUACUAAGCUCACGGGAACUUUUAAGGUGGUUUUAUAGUAGCUUUCCGUUUUGUUUACUGUGGUAACCAUGAUGCUAGCUAGCUAGCUGACUAGCUGAGCUAGCUAAACUAGUCGAUUGUUAGCUAGCAAAAAUUAUAAAUCGAGUUUUUUAGGUGUUUGUCAACCUAAGCCUUUAGAUGUAUACUAAACAACGCGUAGCUAUCUGUAUUUGAAGUUUAUUAACUACUGUAGCGGUUUAGCGUGUGCAAGCUAAGUGAGUUUGCUGGACAAUCAAGUGAGCCAACCACCCAUUAAUAGCUAGUCUAGCUAACCAGUUACGAUUAUUUAGGAAGCACAGGAGUUGACAUCCACCACUUUUUUAGCUUCUUCAGGUCCUGGUAAAUCUAAAUUUGGCCUCCACCAUGUCAAUCGAUUUUGAUAGCGCAGCCCUGCAAACUCAACAUGAUGAGGAGGAGUACGACCCAGAAGACUACGCACGAGAACAAGAGUUGCACAAGCUGCUGACAGACCUUCCAGAUGACAUGCUGGAGGACAGCAGGGAGGAGUCCUCUCCAGAGCUGGAUUACUCUGCCUGCAGCAACCAAGACUCCAGUAACAGACAACAGCAAAAAUGGCCCCAACAAACUGAAUGGUCUGAUCAUAACAGACAACAAAGAUCUGCCUCCCAGGUGGAGAACUCCGAGGACAAUUUCGACCAAGGCCCCUAUCAUGCUGAGUACUCCUAUGAAGAAAGCGUUUUGGAAAUCAAUGGCCAUGCUAAUUCUCCUCAUAGCCAGCCUCUGCCCCACACCUGGACGCAGCCAGGCCAGGAGUACCAGUACAACCAUGUGGGCUACAGGUAUGCCAGCGCGGGUACAGAGAAGCCUGUAGCCUGUGCUAGUAUCUCCACAGAGGAGGAGCAUGAACCAUACCCUCAUGGAGCUGUCGGCCCUGCAGUGGAAUACAGAGGGGAGGAGGGGCAGAGGGACACACAGAGCUAUGGAGGUCAAAACGGCGCACGGCAACAGUUUCAAAACGUUGAGGAUGCGGGGUCUGGGGACAGAAGGGUGGAUCAUUACAAAGCCAGCUACCAGCCCUGCCAACCCUCCAGCCAACCAAAGAUGUUCAACUCAGAGUCCCGCCAAGAAGGCGGACAUUUUGACCAACUGCAGAGGGAAUUCUUGGACUCGGCUCAGAACACUGCUGAGAGUCAGCAGCUUGCUCAGAUGGAGAUUUUGAACAAGGCCCAGCUGAGACAAAUGGAAGAUCUGGAACGUAAACUGGAGGAUUCAAGGCGCAACAUGAGAUACUUGGAGCAUCAGUUUGCCAUUGUGAAAGAUGAGAAGGAUGGGAUGACGGUGACCCUGAAGGAGUCCAGCCGGCUCAUCGAGGAGGCACAGAAUCGAGAGCUCCAGCUGCUGAGUACUGUCAAGUCCCUGGAGCAAAAGGUUCAUUCUCUGACGGAACGAGACCACGAAAACAUGAAGAAGCAGCGCGUGGCGGAUGCCGCCGUGGACAGCAUGCAGCAGCAGAUGAUGGAGCUGGGACGCUCCGACACGCUGUCCAGAGCGCGGGAGAAGCACGACCGGGACAUGUCUGCUGUGAGGGAGAAGCAUGAGGCCAAGCUGCUGGUGCUGCAGCAGCAGCUAGACACCUGCUCCCAGGCCCAGGAGGAGCAGAGGGAGCUGGCCCAGAGACUGCGGGAGCAGGUGACCCAGCUGGAGCGCAGGAGAGAGGAGGAGCAGGUGGAGAGGGCUACCGUCAUCAACACCCUCACUCAGCGCCUGGAGGAGGGCCAGCAGCAGUGUGCCAAACUGCUCCAAACAGGUUCAGUGCAAGAGAUGAGCCAGUUGCAAAUCAAACUCCAGCAAGCUCAGUCAGCCAAGACCUUGAGUGAAAACAUGAACCAAGUCCUCCAGGAAGACCUGAAUGAUCUGAAGGAGCAGAUCACGCUGUAUGAGUCGGCGGUAAAGCAUGGAGUGAUAACGCCAGACCUCAACAGGGACUGGGAAAGACAUCUGUCGGAGUCUUACGUGGAUUUAGGAAUCAAGGAGAAAAACCUGAAAAACGUCCGGGCUCACAGCACUCCCCUGGCGUGCCUGGCAGCCCCCACGCAGCCCCGAGACGAGGCAGCGAGGGAGCUGAGGGCCGAGCUGCAGCGCUCCCUCGCCUGCCUGAAGGGCAAGAGGCAGAAGAUCAGCAACCUGCAGGAGGAACUCCGCCACUCGCAGGGACGCCUGGACAAGCUGCAGGCCCAGCUGGAGCAGGCUCAGGUCACCACACCCACCACCGCCACGGUCAGAGGAGCCGCCUCAGAGAAGCUUCCGGACUCAACAGCUCUCCAGAAGGACGUCUCGAGACUGCAGGAAGAACGACAAAGUCUCCUAGAACAUGUACAGCUGCUAGAACAAAAGAACAAGGAGCUGAGGCAGAGCGAAGAGAAGGUGAGGGCAGCCAACACUGAGCUGUGCUCCAAGAUGAGGGAGAUGAUCCAGGAGCUGGACCAGGAGAAGCAGGAGGCCGCGGAGAGGUACGAGAGGACCCACCUGCAGCACAGGGAUGACGUGGUUAACAGGCUCCGAGCCCAGCUGACCCUGGAGCACGCGGCUCAGGUCCAACAGCUCACUGCUGACCACCAACAGCAGCUCCAGCAGCUCCAAUGCAAACUGUCUGAGGUCAGUGCUGAGAUCGUGGCUGUGCAGGAGUGCUACAUCUCGGUCUGCAAGGAAAAAGACCUGCUGGAAGACAAGCUUCAGAGGGGAUCUGAGGCUGAGAUGAGAGAGAACGAGCUGAGGAUGAGAGAGGAGAGUCGCACAGCCCUGGAGGAGAUGAGGGCGGAGCUGGAGAGGCAACAUCAGACUGCAGUGGACCAGCUGCAGACUGUUUGGUCUAGUGAGACACAGAGACAGAUCCAGGAUCAGGUGACCUCUGCCAAGGCUGUGUGGCAGGAAGAGCAGGAACAGAGGGAACGGGCCUGGGCUCAGAGGCUGGAGGAGGCCAGGGAGGAGGCCAGGGAGGAGGCCAGGGUGGAGGCCAGGGUGGAGGCCAGGGAGGAGGCCAGGGUGGAGGCCAGGGAGGAGGCCAGGGUGGAGGCCAGGGUCCAGACCCACAGAGCCAGCCAUGAGGAGGCCUCGCAGACAGAGGGCGGGGCCUCGCAGACAGAGGGCGGGGCCAGCCCUGAGAGCUUCAGCAGAGAGGAGCUGGAGGAGCGGCUCAGGGCUGAGAGGCUGAGGUUGCUGCAGGAGGCUGACUCUGACAAACACACGGCCCUGCAGGAGACUCAGAGACAGCUGCAGGACACUCAGAGACAGCUGCAGGAGACCCACCUGGAGGACAUGACCAAGCAGGUGGAAGGCGCAGUAACCAGGGCCUACAGCCGCUGGCUUGAAGACCUAACCUCUCUCCCAGAGUACAAAGCCAAUCUCCAGAGAGAGAGGGCAAAAUGGGACGAACGACAGGACGAACAUGUUCAAGAGCAGGUGUCCUUGGCUCUGAGGGCGGCCGAGGAGCAGUGGCGGCAGAGCGUGGCUCUGGAGGAGCCGGGGCCAGGAGGCCAGCGGGUGGAGGAGCUCCAGGAGAAGCUGCUGUCUCUGCAGAGCCAGCUGGAGCGCGUGAAGGGGGAAGAGCCCGCCCUGCUGAAGGCGGAGCUGGCCGGGGCUAAGGCUGUCUGGAACCGGGACAAGCAGCAGGAGAUGUCCUCUCUCCAGAGCCUGCACGAGCGGGAUCGUCACGCCCUGAUCCAGGAGCAGCGCGUGACGCUGGAGCAGGCGGUGCAGCAGGCGGUGCAGCGGGCCAGGGAGGACGCAGAGCGCCACAGGAAGCAGCUGGUCCUGCAGAAGGAGGCGGAGCUUCAGCAGGCUCUGAGGGACAGGCAGGAGGAGUGGAGAGUCCAGCAGGAGAGCAGGGGCCAGGAACUGAGGAGGCAGGGCAGAGAGGAGGCCCUGCUGGAGCUUCAGGCUGGGCUGGCUGAAGCCCAGGACCUGCUCCUCCGAGAGGCUCACACUCGGCCCCCAAACAGGGGGGAGGACAGGACAGCCUGCAGCUCUGCCCAGGAGGGGGGUAUAAGACACAUUCUCCAGUCGGCAUGCAGAGAGAUAAUUUGCAGAGCUGUAGGCCAGGCCAAGACAGAGUGGGAGAGGAUAAGUGAGGACAGACUGGCUUGUGUGUUGAAAGACACAAAGCAGUGCCACGAGAGAGAAGUCAGCCAGAUCCACAACACGGCGGCCCAGAAGAGACAGGAGGGUCGUUGUGGUAAACAGUGCGCUGAGACUGUGGCCAAGCUGAGGAGGAAGAACCAGGACCUGCAGAAGCAUCUGGAGAAGGCCUGUCGCCAGCUUCAACUCACCGUCAGAGAGAACAAGGCCAGCGUACAGCGCCUCAAAGAGGAGCACGAGGACAGGAUGCGGCAGGAAAAAGACCACCUGCAGAAGAAGCUGGCGGGAAAGAAACAGUCCCAGGAAUCCACUCUGGGCUCAGAUAACCCACAGAAUAUUCAAGCUGGCCUUGAAGAGAUGAAGGAACAGUACAUGAACGCUAUCGGAAAAAUCAGAGGAGACAUGCUGCGCUACCUGCAGGACAGCAAGGAGCGAGCGUCUGAGAGGAUCCGUGCGGAGGUGCUCCGAGAGAGGAGGGACACGGCCAGGACGAUGCGGCAGUACUACCUGACGUGUCUGCAUGAGCUCCUGGAGGAGAGCGGGCAAAGCGCAGGAGCUGAGAAAAAGAUUAUCAAUGCUGCUAGGAAGCUAGCAGCCAUGGCCAAGGCCCUGGAAACUCCUACCAAGAAGAACUCAGCGAGGUAUCCCACCCCACAGCGUUCAUCAUCAAACACCGACGCUGCCGUGGAAAACAUCCCCAGUGGAGGUUCUAGUAAACAUCAGUCACCCGAAGCCUCCGUCCCAGAGACCAGGUGUGAGAAGUGGACAGUGGAGAGGAAGACCGACAGGACAGAACCAGCCAUGUCGAGGACCAGGUCCAAGCCCACGGUAAAAGCCCCCCACCAGGACGUCCUCACGAGCGGAAAGCUGAAAACGCCAAAAGACUCUUCAUCUAAAGCCCUCCUCCCUCCAGCUCCCCACCCCUCUCUCCGGCCCGCUGGGCAGGCCUCGCUGGGGGAGGUCCACCACAGGGGUCUGACCGACGCCCAUGUGACUCUGAGGAACCAGGGCAGAGAGGUGUACCUGCGGGGCGUGGACACGGGGAAAGCAGAUGAUCCCCUUGCUUCUCAGAGGACACCCACCCUCCUCCAGGAGACCCCCGUCAGGGACGGCGGGCAGAGCGACUGGAGCAACCCCGCACCUGGAGACGUGUUUGUCCCCCUCCGCCCCUACCACAGCAGGAGGACGGAGCCCCUCCUCCCUCUGUCCGCUGCCUCAUCUGACCUGCGGGAGUUUGGAAGUCUCACCGCUGACCACUCUGACAUGACUGUUUAUCAGGAGAUAGUCAACAUGCCACCCCACACCAAAGCCUUAACGCUCCCCAGUGUUCUGGGGAGUGCACACAGAGAACCUGUUCCAGUCUCCGAGGGGGAGAAGCUGGCUCCCCUGUGCUCCAAGAGCCUGUUCCCAGAGCUGAAUCUGUGCCAGCAGGACAGUGGCUUCAACAGUCCUUUCACCAUUCGGAAAUGAGAGAUCAAUGCAAGCCAGGGGAGGUCUUGUUUUAAGGGAUGUCCCUGCGUCUCAUUAAUUUGGAAUUUCCUGUUGACUAAUUCUCUGUCAUGUUGCCGCUUCUUCCUUCCGUGUGUAAGAACGGGCCCAGUCGGUCCUCUUGAAUAUAGAGUGGUGUGUGAAGUGAAUGCCAACAUGAUAGUUUGAGUGUUGUGGGAAUCGAGUGAGAAACCUUGUUACGCGUCUCAAUUACCAAAUUUCUAAAUGCUAUUGUUGUUGAUUUAUGGAUUUCUGAGGUUUCAUGUAGUUUUUUAAAUUUAUUUUUUUAUAUUUUAUAUUUAUAAAUUAAUUAGAUAUGCUGUGCAUAUAAAUUAAAAUUAAAAUCCAAUAUGAUUGUGUAGUC